AAUGAAUCCCUGGUUACCAUUGUUUUAUUUUGAAAAUAUGCUUUGACGUCAUCCAGAUGUGAAUACAAUAAAAAGUUUAAAGACUUCCGGAUAAGAUCGUAGAUUGGAUAGUGCAAUUUUCACUGUUCGUGUGUGACAUAUUCAUACAAAGAUGACGGAAACAUAACCAGGAAGUUCAAGACAUUAAUCAACUUUUAAACAAAUGUUGGAGCAUGCGCAGUAUUGAUAGGCAAAUAUGUACUACGGUGGUUUUUCAGAAAAGCAUUCCUUGGAAAAGUAGCAUUACAAAGUUGGUGAAUGCAUAAUUAGAAGAACAUUCGAAUAUAGAACAGCUCGCUGAUCAAUCAAUAUUUCUUCCAGAAGUUUUACACAUGUCCAUACAAAUGUCUUCACAAAAGAUGCUCACAAACAAACUUUCAUCUCCCACAACUUUAGCUGCAACAAAACAAAACAGUGAAAGAUCUGUUGCAUGUCGGAGAAAUAACCAACACCAAGAAACAAGUUCUACAACCACGUUCCUCACUAGAUAUAAUUCUGGAAAUAUAACUUUCCCCAAUUUCUUUCCAUUGAACACAAACCGUCCCGUAAAGCACAAGAGGCCUCUUCGGUGUAUACAAUAUUGUAUGGACCACGAGCAGAUCGACUGCGAUGUGUGUUAUCAUGUCGAUUAUGAGGCUGUUUUACCCAACUUUCGCAAGAAUGAGUAUAUAAAACAACAGCAAUCAGACUUCUGCCAGAAUAAUAUAUUUCACAAACAAAUCGACUGGUGCCAGAAUAAUGUAUACAGGACAAAAACACGAGUAAACCAAAGGCCAGACAAUAGAUACAAUGGAAACACUCCAGUGGAACAAUGGCCAGAGAGUGGGUAUAUAAAAAACAUACCAGUAGACGAUCGCUCAAGAAAUGAAUAUUGGGCAAAAUCACAAAUAGACCAAUGGUCAAAGAAUGAAUAUGUGAAAAUGUUACCAGCCGAUCGAUGUCAGAAUAAUGUAUGUGUUGAAAAUACAUCAGCUGACCGUUUACAAAAUCAAGUGCAUCGUGAAAACACAGAACCGGUUCAAACCGACAGAAUAUUCAGUAGUUCAUCCAGCACUGAAAGCCUGACUGACAGGAUGAUACGCGAAAAGUCUGGUGUGAAGAAAUCAGAGUCUUUUGCAAAAGAGCCAGCGACUAACAAUAAAGCAAAGAUGUCAUGUUUGAGUAAAGACAGGAGUCUUCUAUCCUCUGUGGAUGAAUCAACAACAUUUGGCCCUGUCGGCGGCUCAUCGACAGUUGGCCCUGUCGGCAGCUCAUCGACAGUUGGCCCUGUCGGCGGCUCAUCGAGCGAAUUACCAUCCUCCUCCACUUAUGUCUUCUUCUAUACGCCAGACGAGGAACAGUCGGUCGAAUUCUUUACUCCCAGUUAUUCUCCCAAAUGCAUUUGUCCCAAAUAUGCUUCUGCCAAACGCGAUUCGCCCAAACAUAUAUUUCUAAAGUGUGCAUGUCCCAAGUGUGUUUCACCCAAAUCAGUGUCUUCCAACCAUCAUUCUCCAAAGUGUGCCUGUCCCAAAUGUGUUUCACCCAAAUCUGUAUCUUCCAAAUGCGAAUUUUCAAAGUGUGCAUGUCCCAAAGGUGUUUCCCCCAAACGAGUGCCUUCCAAACGUGAUUCUAUGAAGAGUUGUACUUCUCCGAAGCGUGUCAAUCAAACCACUGACAAUGUCAUUACCGACAACGUUCCCUCACUGUGUGACCUUCCUCCCAACCUGGCGGACCUCAAGAUCCCCUUGCUAAACAAGAAGGAUAUCAGCUACUGCAGGAAGCAGAACGGUUCGGUCGUCUCGAUAGGACAUGGUGUGUACGGCGGUGUGUAUUUAGCUGAACUGAAGGGGAAAACAUCCAAAGUAGUGAUCAAGGACUUUGAGUCGUCCGUGACCUCGUCAGAGAAUAACAUCAUCAAGGAGGCCAAUAUACUGCGUCACCUGCAGCCGACUGGAUUCGUCCCAGAACUCAUUGGUGUAACCAGGGAGGAUCCAGGGCGCCAGCUGGCUCUAGUGCAGGAGUUCUUCGGCCGUGGUGUCACGCUGGGCAAACUGUUAAAUGACACGCCGGUCUUAUCUUACAGGAGCUGGAUCUGUAUAUUUUUCCAAAUGGCCACGGGCUUGCAUUGCAUUCACUCGCGAGGCGUCCUCCAUAACGACAUACAGACCGGAAACAUCCUCGUGGACACUGAUCACCCGUUCUACAGGACAAAAUUCAUUGAUUUCGGUUUAGCCACUUACAGGUGCGGUCACCGGUUUGGCUCCAACAGAGACUACCUACAGCAGUUUGAACAUCUGGCGCCCGAAGUGCAGGACGGAGCAUACACCACAUUCAAAUCGGACGUGUUCAGUCUCGGGUGGGUGAUGGGCACGAUUGCGCAGUCGAAAGAAAUAGAGAAUGACGUCAUCUGGGACGCCAUAGAGGAGAUGACCAAUGAGAACCCAGAAGACAGACCUUUCUCUAGCGCGCUGGGUUCCGUCUUCAGACAACCUCUGUUGCAGGAACUAGACAACACGUGAUGAGGUGUAUUCAUUUACAUAUGUAUCAAAUAAUAAAGAAAAUCAUUAUGAAGUACAAUUUACUAAAUUAAAAAUAUACACACUGAAA